AAAGAUAUUCUUCCUACGUUGUCUCACAAGGUUCAUUUGGGUAGGCCCCGUGUCGAUGCUGUUUUUAGGACAAGCAGGCGGCCCAAGUGAGUGUAACUGGAAGCCAGCGAGUGUCCGGAGGACAAGGUCAUGCCUGUGCUGCAGAGCUGAUGGCUCAUGAUGAGCCACAGGUUGAAGACUUUGGGCGACAAAUCAAGAGAUGCAAAGAAAAGUAGGCAAAGAACUGUUCAGUGUUUGCCAGAGUUUUCUGCUGGACUGGAAUUACUAAGCAGAUAUGAAGAUGCUUGGGCUGCCCUUCAUAAAGGAGCCAAAGAUUGUGCAAAAGCUGGAGAGCUGGUUGACAGUGAAGUUGUGAUGCUUUCUGCACACUGGGAGAAGAAAAGGAGCAGUCUGGUGGAACUGCAGGAUCAGCUUCAGCAAAUACCAGGGUUCUUAGCAGAUCUGGAAUGCCUCACAGCAAGCCUAGCUCAGCUAGAGGCAAACUUUGAGGAAAUGGAGAAUCAUCUGUUGUGUCUUGAGGAACUGUGUGAGCAGUGUGAAUUGGAAAGGUACAAAUGUAUGCAGACAUUACAGCUAGAAAACUACAAGAAAACAAAAAGGAAGGAACUGGAGACAUUCAAAGCUGAACUCGAUGCUGAACAUGCACAGAAGGUUUUGGACAUGGAGCACACCCAGCAGAUGAAGCUAAAGGAGCGCCAGAAGUUCUUUGAAGAAGCCUUCCAGCAGGACAUGGAGCAAUACCUUUCCACAGGAUACUUGCAGAUAGCAGAGAGGAGAGAACCGAUUGGAAGUAUGUCUUCCAUGGAGGUGAAUGUGGACAUGCUGGAGCAGAUGGACCUAAUGGACAUGUCUGACCAGGAAGCACUCGACGUCUUUUUAAACUCAGGAAGCGAAGACAAUAAUGUGCUGUCUCCCAUGCUGGGGCCCGACUCCAACACCUACGUGAACGAGAUCAGUCUCCAGGUGCCGAGCCAGUCGGAGUUACGGCAGAAACUCUGUUCCCUGUCCUCGACCUGCACCGACUCCGCCAGCCAGGACGCCAGUGAAGGAGAGUCCCCCGUUGUUCAGUCGGAUGAAGAGGAGGUUCAAGUGGACACUGCCCUUGCUGCUGUAACUGAGCGAAAGGGUGCUUCAGAUGGCAGUGAUGAAAGUGACUCUCAAACUAUUUGAAUCUUAAAACCAUAUCCUUUAAGAAUGACUUCCGAAUGAAUGAACAUGUGAAUGAAGAGCUUGCCUGUGUAACAAUUUGCUAACCAAGCGUAACAGCCAGAUCUUUUUACUUAGUAAUACUGCCUUUUUACAAAAUUGCCAGUCAUGUGGAGGUUGGUUUUUAAAGAAAAAUUUAUGCCUAAAGCACACACACUUUAACAGUAGUCUUGGGGCUCAGGGGAGCAGUAAAACUGUUGUAUAUACUAUGUAUAAGAGAAUUUAAGGGGAAAGGUAGAAGUUACUUUGACCACUAACCUUAAAUGGCUGAUUGGAAGUACUUAAGAGUUGAUGUGUAAUACUGAACCCAAAUUGUUCCUUGCAUGUUUUCAGCUGCUGCAACUGAAGAUUUAAGAUCCAAACCAAAAUGAAAAGUUAUUUUCUACUCUUUACUACCUACUGUCUGCCUCCUGCCUUUGUCUACUAAUGCAGCAGUGUCUACUGUUCUCACACUUCUUAUGCAGGACCAACUUAGCUAUAGGUGUUAAGGAAAAAAUAAGAACCCAAGAAGGAGGAGAAAUGCAUAUGGAAAUGUUGCACUCCUUGUGGAGCAGGUAUCUUAGCAUUGUGUACUUACUCCUCUUUCAAGAUAAAAUAAAGAAUUUCUAUCCCAACCA